UUUCCGUGCUCCUGAUGUAAACACUGACGUUUGGCGCUGUGAUUGGUCGAGAACCAUUUUCCUUGACGCAAUUCACACACAAGUUCUAAUUGGCUGACUUCACGCCUGGCCCCUCCCCGCGCGGACAUUUGAAAACGGCUUUGUGAAGAAGGAAGAGGGACGAAGAAAAAUAUAAUCAAACAUGGCUCCCAGAAAAAGGACGACCAAACAACGGAAAAACAACCCAAAGACGGCCAAGCUGGAAGCCUUUCUGGAGGAUUUCGACAGCGAAAUGAAGACCAGAGUUGGACAAAUGAAAGAGAAGCUCAACCAGCUGCUGAAAGAUGUCGACAACAGCUACAACAUGGCACUAAUUAAGGUCUCCAAGGCUGACCGGCAAAUGCCCUGGUUGGAACAAUUCAAUUCUGAAAAACUAAAGUCACCAGAAGUGGAUAAUGUAAGUAGAGACGAGGAAGCCGCUAUUGUUGACAGCGUUGUGGCCGAGGAUCACGCAGCCCUUCUGAAAUCAGUCAAGAAAACAACUAAGAAAAAAGGUGGAGCUAAAUCCAGUUCUGAGGAUGAAAACACCCCGAGUACAACAAGGAAGGGGAAAGCAACAAGGAAACCUCCAACUACAUCAAAAAGAGCAAAGGCGUUGACAGUCAGCAAGCAGAACGCCUCCAUCAGACGAUCGAGCAGGAAGCCUUUGAUCACUCCUGCCAGGAGUAUGCUGGACUCUUCCUUCAUGAUGGGCCCUACUCCCCUCAUCACCCCGCGCUUCGACCCAAGGCUUCCUAAAACCCCUGCUGUGAGGAUUCCCCGCCACAAAGAGAGGGUUUAUAGCAUUUCAGUCAACGGCUCUCCUAUUGCAGCAGGAAAUGAGGACAUUGUCAUCAACGUUCCCAUCGGCAACGGAGAGAGUGUUCAGCUUUUUGCCAGCCAGAUGGACACAGUGGAUCUGUCUCUCCUGGAUGAGACCGCUCUGAGGAGCAUUCGGCUGCUGCAGAAUCGCCUUACAACCCUGUGUGGAACAUCAGAGUGACUUAACUGCCUGCUGUCCACUUGUACAUUACUUUUAAGAAAUUGUAUCUUUAUUUCAAAGCUUUGCGUCCUCAUGGUAUGGUAUAAUGUUUUUUUUCCUUUUAUAGGUAAGAUAAGUGUGGGUUCGCAUGUGUUAUUUUAUCAUUUAUUUUAUUCAUUUACUUUUGUAAGAUGGUUUAGUUUACGAUCUUAAUAACUUCACCUUUCAUUUUUACUUGGGUAUUACCUCCUGCAUUAGGUUUAACUCUUUGGGGGAAUUCUGCCUCAUGUCCGUCUCUUUUUACUGCAUUUCCAGUCUUUUACUCCGGUUGGCCUGUCAGACAUGUAAACUUUGGACUUUAGUUGUCCUACAAGCUUGGUAAGAGUAAUUUGACAGAUCUCUACUCUGCAAAUAUGAUUUACUGUUCAUUGAUUUGUAAGUACACUCUAAUCUUACAUUUUUCAUUUCAUUUUGUCAUUGUUUAUUCAACAAUCUGUACAUCACUAAUUGUCUGCAAAACUGAUAAAGAUUUUUUGACCACA